AAUAGUCGAAAACACUGCUAGAAGAGUCAAUUGUCAAUGAGAUGACCAUGGCGGAGUGGUAUCAAGCGAAAAUCCUGCAUUUAUGCGAAUUGAACAAUGUCGAGGACAAAAAGGACGUUCUUACGGACAUCAAAAUCAAAUUCAGCGCUUUGAACAAUCGGGAUGCCGAGCAGAUCGCUCGUAGUUUAGAUUACAGGCCAUUUUAUUCGCAGCUAACCUCGAACGACAGAGAAGUUAUAGAGCAGAUAUGCGAUAUUCUGACCAUCUUAUUUAGCAUGCUAGAACCUGGGGAAAUUUAUCAGAGAUAUUUAAUCGAAGUAUCUGCUUUAAUAACUAAUCCAAAUGCUAGUGUGAGAUUACUUGUGCUACGUGAGUUUUCGCGCACAGCUUUGCAUCCGCAAAAGAUAUUUCAGUUACUCUCAGACACCACUCUUCUGAUUUCAAUUAUAAACAGAAUCAGCGAUAACGACUUGAAUGUCGCUGAAUGUGCGAUGAGCAUAGUGAAAAAAAUUGGAGAAAAUCCAAAUGGCCUACAUAUUUUGUAUAAGGGCGAGCUCCUAAGAACAUUUGCCAGGCUGUUGCAGAAUGAUACCAUUAGCUUUCGUGUUUAUGAAGUGAUUGUGGACAUAGCCAAGAUAUCUCAAGAGGCUUUGGAAGUAUCAGCCCAGUCAGGCUUUCUGAACAGUUUAAUCAAUAUACUAGAAAACGAAGAUAUAUUGCUUCAACUGAAUGCCUUGGAAAUAUUAACUCAAUUAGCUGUAUUCGAAGAAGGUCUAAGUUAUCUGGAGCAACAAGAGGUAUUGAGCAAAUUAGUCCAAAAAAUAUCACAAGUUAACGAGAAUCCUUUGUCAAAUCUUUUGAUUCCCGGAUUGAUGAAGUUUUUCGGUAACGUUGCUCGUCACUGGCCCAACGAGUUGUUUGUCAAAUAUCCCGUGAUAAUCUCCGCGCUUUUCGAUGUGAUAGACAGUGGAGAUCAGAAUAUCUUGGGUCCUGCAUUAGAUACUCUUGGAUACGUGUCUGCGAGCAUUGAAGGGAAGUAUGCGUUGCAAGCUCUAGGAGAAGCGAUGCCGAGUGCUCUUAAGAAAAUCACUGAAAUAGUACAGAGAAUGCCGACUGCUUUGAGAAUUCGCGGUUUGAACAAUCUUGCUCUUAUACUCGAGGUCAAGAGAGUCGAGCAGGACAACAGAAUUUUGUCCCUAACGAAGUUAUGGUUUGAUUCGCUGUGCGACGAUCCAUUGGGAAUGAUUGCGGCGAUAUGCAGACAACCAUUUGCUGAUAUCAGACAGGCUGGAUUGGAAGUGCUAGCGGUUAUUAGUUCUCAAGUAUGGGGACAAGAAUACAUAUCUACAUAUCCUGGUUUGGUAGAAUUCCUAUUAGAUAGAAAUAUUGAAUCGUUUAAAGAAUGUAAGGAUGCAAAAUAUGAAGUUGUGAAAUGUUUAUCUCAAGCGGAGCGAAAUAUAUUCGAUGCGGACACUAUGCAGAAAUUCAAGCAAUUUGUUAAUGAAGGUCCAUAUUUUGUUGAUAUUAAUACAGAAGUUGCGAUAGAGGGUGCUUUGUAA